AACUACCUGACCGCCCCCCCGGGCGGAAUUCCCGCAGACCGGAGCUGCGGGGAGGACGGGCUGGGGUUUCGUGUCCCGGCGGGAGAGCGCAUGGACAUGCACGUUCCUUUCCUCCUGUGGGCCGCCACCUUUUUCGGAGUGAUCAGUUCCAGCCCAGUCCCAAGAAAGCUUUUUGGGGAGAUCAGAUCCCCGGGUUAUCCCAAGCCAUAUCCCAACAAUAACAUCAGCACCUGGAAUAUCCACGUCCCAGAAGGCUAUGUGGUGAAGCUGACCUUCAAAUAUUUUGACCUGGAGCCAUCUGAGUCCUGCUUCUAUGACUAUGUUAAGAUCAAAGCAGACAAGAAGAACUUGGGCCGAUACUGUGGCCAGCUUGGGUCAACCACAGGCAAUCACCCAGGAAGAAAGGAGUUUGUAUCUAAGGGGAACAGGAUGCACCUGGCAUUUCACUCUGAUUUCUCCAAUGAAGACAAUGGCACAGUGAUUCCCUACAGGGGCUUCCUGGCCUAUUACCAAGCUGUAGAUCUUGAUGAAUGUGACCCUAACAAUGCUGUUGAGGAAGAGGAAAGGCCUCAGUGCCAGCACUUCUGCCACAACUAUGUGGGUGGCUACUUCUGUUCUUGCCGGACUGGCUACCAGCUUCAGAGUGACCACCACUCCUGCAAAGUGGAGUGCAGCAGUGAGUUGUUCACGGAGGCAUCUGGGUACCUGAGCAGCCCCGAGUACCCCCAGCCCUAUCCUGAAGACCUCCGCUGUAACUACAGCAUCCGUCUGCCAAAGGGCCUGUCUGUCAUCCUCAAGUUCUUGGAACCCUUUGAGAUUGAUGACCACCAGCAAGUCCACUGUCCUUAUGACCAGCUCGAGAUCCACGCAAGAGGGAGACAGAUCGGUGAAUUCUGUGGCAAGGAGUCACCUGGCAGGAUUGAAACCAACAGCAACGAGGUGGACAUACUCUUCCUCACCGAUGAGUCAGGGUUCAGCCGUGGCUGGAAGAUCCACUAUACCUCAGAGAAAAUCCGGUGCCCACAGCCCGUCCCACGGGAUCAGUUUACCAUCAUCAGAGACCUGCAGCCUGUGUAUCAGUUUCAGGACUAUUUCGUCGUCAGCUGCAGGACCGGGUAUAACCUGAUGGAGGGCAACCGAAAGCUGCUGUCCUUCACAGCUGUCUGCCAGGCUGAUGGGACAUGGCAUCAAUCCAUGCCCCGCUGUGAAAUUGUGAACUGUGGCAGCCCUACCAACCUGACCAAUGGGGCAUUCCUCUACGUCAACCAACCUGCAAACAACAACUACCAGUCAGAGAUCACGUACCAAUGCAACGAGCCAUAUUAUCACAUCGUCACCGGAACAGGGGGUGACAGUUUCACCUGCUCUUCUGAGGGAACCUGGGUGGAUCGAGACGGCCAGGUGAGGAUUCCCAGCUGCUUGCCAGUGUGUGGGAAGCCGGUCCGUCCCAUUACUGAAGUCCAGCGGAUCCUGGGUGGCAAGUCAGCAAAGAUAGGCAAUUUCCCAUGGCAGGCUCUGACUGACAUCCAGGGACGAGGGGGUGGUGCGCUCCUGGGCGACCGCUGGAUCCUGACGGCUGCCCACACCAUCCUCCCCAAAGGGGCAGGUAGGAGCAAUGUAAGCCUGGAGCAGCUAGCAGAGGAGGCUAACAUAUUCCUUGGCCACACCAAGGUAGAAGAGCUCCACAAGAUGGGUAACCACCCUGUACGUAGGAUCUUUAUCCAUCCAGAUUACGACCCUAAAUAUGACAACAACUUCAAUGGGGACAUAGCCCUGCUGGAGCUGAAACACCCGGUAACCCUGGGCCCUGCGGUACUGCCCAUCUGUCUCCCAGAUACUACCAACACCACGUUCUACGCGGAUGGGCACAUGGGCUAUGUGAGUGGCUUUGGUGUGGAAAAAAACUUCAUUUCAAAUGAAUUGAAGUACCUGAGCCUGCCAGCAGUUGCUCGAGAGAAGUGUCAGAGUUGGCUGGACAGUAAGAACAGUAAGAACAGUAAGAACAGUACGGAGACACAGCCGCAAGAUCCAAAAAUGGUUUUCUCUGAGAACAUGUUCUGUGCUGGCUUCCUCACAGGCAAACGGGAUACCUGCCAGGGGGACAGCGGGAGUGUCUUCACGGUGUUAGACAUAGAUAGUGGUCGCUGGGUGGCUACCGGUAUUGUUUCUUGGGGUAUUGGCUGUGCUGAAGGUUAUGGCUUCUACACCAAGAUCCUCAACUAUUUGGACUGGAUCAAAGGGAUAGUGAGGGAGGAAAGGCUCUAACUGUUGCUGUCCUACUAGCUGAAGAAUCACUGAUAGCAUAUAAAUUUCCAGACACGGCAAAGCAUAUAUAAAGCUUUUGAUGAUGCUCCAAGGGCUUUUCAGACACGCAGACAAUGUAACCUUCAUCGUGAGCACUUCUGAGAGCCACCGUAUUGUUUGAUGAAUUCUUGGUGAUACCAUCAAAACUUACCAAAGCUGCUGCACCGUUGGCAGCUUAUGGAAUGCUCUUGUGGAUGUUCUAGUUCUUCCAAAUCUUAUUGCUGGAUGAAGCCUUAAUAAUAUCAGGAAAUCUCAUGACAGCAAACAUGUUCUUGUUUCAAGUGCUGAUGGUAUCAUCAGACUACUGCACUCUACUUUUGUACUCCAUUGUGUGGGAAGCUUGCAGGUCAGCAGACUUUCUUGAAGGAUGUGGUACUUUGUGCUGAGUACAGUGUGCAUAUACCCAUUGGCAUCAGUGAGAUUCUAUGAAUAUUAAAAUCAUUGCUGGAGAAAUCA